AUGGCGGCCCCAAUCGCGGCCGUGAGGCGCAAACCCCUGCCGGGCCAGCAGUUUCCCGGCCCGCCGCCGAUGCCGCCACCUCCCGAUUUCGACCCCUUUCCGCAGCGCCGACCGGUCCUUCGCGGAGCGCGGUCGACGCCGAAUUUAAGAGAUUCGACGGUGCCGUCGAUCUACGAUCCCCCGCCUGCCUACGUGGAGUUUCCAGGCGUGGACGCGAGUGGCAGGCUCAACAUCGUUCCCCCUAGUCCAGGGAGGCUUCCAUCACCAGCGCCGCCGAGCCCGGGACCGUUGUUUCCCGGACCGCCAUCUUGUGCUGAGUCGUUCAACGAGCCGAGGUAUCGACCUUAUCGACCUCCAGCAUCUCCGGUCUCUCCGGUCUCUCCUAUGUCGACGGGUCCGCCUCCGCCUACAAAGUUAGAAGCAUCCUCAUCCGCAUCUCAUUACCAAUUGCCACAACCAACCGGCUUUCAUCCUCCGGUUAAAUCGGGAACAUUCGCAGUCCCUUCUAACUACAUCCCUCCACCACCGCCACCUUUCCCUCCCCCAUCGAAUGCAGCAACGUUUCCCGUGGCCGCACACGAGCGCCCUCCACCUUCCCCAGUCUUCCCGGGUCCACCCUCGGCUGAGACGUUCCCCUUGGCAGGGCCUCGACCACCAGUCUCGCCAAGCUAUGCCCCCUCCGAAGCACCUUCCGCAGAUUCACAGACACAGGAAAAGACAUUUUGGCAAACAGCGCUUGACGAGACAAAGUACUUUGCUGGCGGACUAAUUAGUCACCCAUUCGAGUACACCAAGCACUACGCCAUCCUCCGCCAUUCCACUGUUCUAGUCUGGUAUCGCGGCCCCUCAACUUCAGUCACUGUCACCAUCUUCUCAGAUGCGCCACUACCUCCUACGCGCACGGUAUGGCUGCAACGGAAGGGCUUCUCCGGAAACAUGGGCAUGAACCUCAAGUCCCUGGUCGGAGCAAACGACUCCUGGCUCGACGUCACGCCAUCAUCACAAGCUUCGCCCACUGAUAUGGCAGAAGGUGAUGAGAGGGGUUGCCAACGCGACAUCAAGAAGUUUCUCAAGAAAGUACCGAAGAACCUUAGCAAGCACAUGCCGCGAGAGACCCACGUCAUCCGUAUUCCCGCAGCAGCCGAUGAUGGAUACUUCCGCCUUGUUCUCUGCACCGGUGGUGGCGAUAAUGGGAGCAGUAAGAGGAAGGUCCUCUGCCCCAGCCCAGUUUUCCGCAUUGCCAGCACAUCAACGGACGCGAGUGUUGUACGCGGAGCAAGCUUCGCCAGCAUGCCGCUCGAACUCGGUAUCAAAGCCGGCUCGAUCGUUGCCAACACCGUUGUAAACAGAUACGUAGGACCAGCAGCUGCCGUGGUGCAAUCGCGUACGAAGAAGCUUCAAACCGCCAAGUUCGUCACAAAACACGCCACUCAUAUCGCCUACGGAAAGUCCGCCAUUGAGAAAUCGGGCAUCAAGACGACUGUUACGGAGUACGAGGCGCAGUAUGCCACCACCAGAGGUGGCGGAUACGCCCCUUGGCAAGACGGCGAAUCAGGGUUCGAUGAGGCACCUCCAGAGGUAAUUGGCCCCGACUCUGGACCUAUGGACCCGUUUCCUAUCAAGUUCGAUGGGAGAAUCGUGCGCGGCACUGGAAGAGGCGGCAUGGAGCUUGGUAUCCCGACGGCGAAUCUCAGCGGCAUACCCGAGGACGUCAAGAUGCGCAUGCGAGGGGUCUACUUCGGUUGGGCCCGUGUUGUCCCAAGAAGCGGACUAGAGCACAUUUCUACCGACUGGCACGAGAGUAUCAUCACCGUCGGGCCAGCCCCAUACGCUACUCCUCGUGUGGCGGCUGAAAAUGUCGCGACGGUGCACAUCAUUCACGAGUUUGGCGGCGCUCUCUUCCUGGAGACUAAGCUGAAAGUCAUCGUCAUGGGCCAAAUGCGGAUGGCUACGCCCCCAAUUGGCUCAGACGCGGCCCUACAGGCGUACGGGACGGAUGUCUUGCUUUCCGUUGCAAGCUUGAGUCGUGAGAACUGGGGUCCUAUUGAGACCAGAGAAAGGAUGAGGACAAUGAGAAGCGAGAUGAGCCUAGCUGAUCGUUAUGUUGAGACCAGAGAGAAGGUCCAAAAGCAGGUCGAUCGAAUACCACUUCAUCUAGCAGGUGUCAGGACCGAGGGUGCCGCGUUGAGAGAUAAGGCCUUCGGCAACGGAGGCAUAUGGAUUCCAAGGUAG